AUGAAGCUAAAGUAACCUCAUUAUCUAAAUCAAUUAGUUUAGUUAGUAAUGGAAUUGAAUAUUCAUUAGGUGGAUUUAUUGAUUCAAUUCUAAAUUAAAUGAAUAUCAUUAUUAUCUAUAUUAAGUUUCUCCCUGAUAUGUUAAAUAAAAUUUUAGACUAUAAAGUUGAAAAUUAUAAAGACAAUUACGAUACAUAAUUUGUUAAACUUAUUUGUGAUUUAGAAAAUUUUUCAUGUUUUCAGCCUCAUUAAUAAGCCAGACAUCUAUCUAUAUUUUUAUAAAGAUAUGUUGUAUUUUACAAUAAGUGA